AUGUCGUAUAAUGCCAACCCAAAUGCAAGAGGUUUUGACCCCACUGUCAGGUGCGAGUAUCAUUCUAACGCUCAGGGUCAUAGCACAAAAAAUUGUUUUACUUUGAAGAGAGCCAUUGAGAAGCUAAUUGAUGACAAAGCAAUUGUAAUACAUGACGAAGAGGCUCCGAAUGUCACCAACAACCCACUUCCUCCUCACAACAAUGCUCAUGUUGUUGGGCUGAUCUGUGACGAUAAGGAAUACAAGCAAACAGGCAAAACAAUAAUGGAAAUUGACACCUUAAAAGAAGGGUUGGGUAUGGUGACAAAGUCUGCACAAGAAGCACCGUUGUGUGUAAAAGGUGCAAGUUCUAAUGCGAAUCUCAAAGGCUCGGGGAAGUUGAUAUUGUAUGCUCCUGGAGCCACAAAGAAAAAAGAGACAUUAGUAACUGGACCAAAAUUAUAUGUUCCUAGUGGUUUUCCCAGGUUUGGUCAAAACCAGAAUGGUUUAGGAAAGAUGACAGAACCAAUUGUGAUAAAGCACACGACACAAAUUCCAGUGACAAACAUGAAAACUGUCCCAUGGAACUACAACAAAACCACUGUGACUUACAAGGGCAAGGAGAUUGUUGAAGAAAUAGACGAAACCGGUGGCUUAACGCGUUCUGGAAGGUGUUAUGCUCCAGAAGAACUAAGGAGAGCCAAACAAGCCAGGGAUAGCCAAUUUCCGGUGAAAAAACCUAUCACUGAAGAAGAAGCUGAAGAGUUCAUGAAGAAGAUGAGAGUCCAGGAUUACUCUAUUGUUGAUCAGUUGAGAAAAACUCCUGCUCAGAUUUCAUUGCUAUCUUUGCUCAUACAUUCUAAAGAGAACUGUCAAGCAUUGAUUAGAAUUCUGAAUGAGGCACAUGUUUCAGACAAAACAACUGUAAGUCACCUGGAAACGAUGGCCAAUAGAAUAUUUGAGGUGAAUAGAAUCACUUUCACCGACGAUGAGUUGCCUGUGGAAGGAGCUGGACAUAAUAAGGCUUUGCAUUUAACUUUCAAAUGUGAAGAUCAUUAUGUGAAAAGAGUCAUGAUUGAUGGAGGCUCGGGUGUGGACAUCUGCCCCUUCUCUACUUUGCAGAGUUUGAAAAUCAACACAGAUAGAAUUCGUACUAACAAUGUGUGUGUUCGAGCUUUCGAUGGUGCAAAAAGAGACACCAUUGGUGAGAUUGAUCUUACUUUAAAAAUUGGACCUGUUGAUUUUGGGAUCACAUUCCAAGUUAUAGACAUGGACACUUCCUACAACUUGAUUUUAGGAAGGCCAUGGAUCCAUGCAGCCAGAGCGGUGCCAUCUACUUUACACCAAGUGGUCAAGUUUGAAUAUGAGAAACAAGAAAUUAUUGUUCACGGUGAAGAUGAUCUUUCAAUAUAUAGAGACCCUUCUGUCCCAUGUGUCGAGGCCAAGGAAGGUUGUGAAUCCCUCAUAUUUCAAACCUUUGAAAUAGUGGCAGCUGAUCAGUUUAUGGAAGGGAAGCCUAUCCUAGAACCUCGUCUAUCCUCUACUUCAGUCAUGGUGGCUACACAAAUGCUGCAAAACGGUUAUGAGCCAGGAAAGGGCUUGGGGGUGUCAUUGCAAGGAAUUGUUGACCCUAUCUCUCCAUUUGGUAAUCAAGAUACUUUUGGUUUGGGUUUUAGGCCAACUAAUGCUGAUAGAAAACGGGCAAAAGAGCAGAAAAAUAAGGUUUGGAAAUUGCCAAAGCCCGUUCCCCACAUUGCCAAGUCUUUUACUAGGUCACGUUUUGAAGAGAAUAAAGACAUGCCUGUCCAAGAUGACGUGGACGAAAUAUGUCAAGGUCUCAAAGAAACGUUCUAUGGAGUAAACAUGGUUCAGAUUGGUGAAGGCCCUAGUCAUGCAGAUGUGCAACGUAUUGGCCCAGAAGUCAAGCUCGCCAACUGGGAAGCUACUCCUCUCCCCACAAAGAAGGAGUCUUGGUAG